GCUUUGGAGGAAACAAAAAUGGAGGUUAAAGUUUUGUCGAGAGAAACAAUCAUCCCUUCAUCCCCAACACCUCCACACCUUAAAAGCUUCAAACUUUCACUUCUAGAUCAGCUAUCUCCCAUGCUUUAUACACCACUUUUGUUCUUCUAUCCCAUCACUAAGACCUAUGAUCCAAAGCCCACCAUGGCUACACUAAAGGAUUCAUUAUCACAAACACUUACUCGUUUCUACUUAUUGGCUGGAAGAAUCGUGGGCAAAUCCAUCCAUUGUACCGACCAAGGAGCUGUCUUUAUUGAAGCCAGUGUCAGCUGCAACAUGUCUGACAUCCUCAAACAACCAAACAACGAGGUUUUAAGGAAGCUCCUCCCAUGCUCUUUGUUGUGUUGUAACCCAGCUGAAGAGUCACCUCAAGUUGUGGUUCAAGCCAACAUCUUCAGCUGCGGUGGCAUUGCCAUCUCGCUUUGUCUCUUGCACAAGCUCAUGGAUGGAGCCACUUUCACCUCUUUCCUAACAUCUUGGGCUUCCACAAAUAAAGGGUCUUUGGAUUCAUCUUCAAACAUGAUAUGUUAUGAUUACAAAGCAUUCUCUUCUCUGUUCCCACAAACAAAUAUAUUGCCUUUUCAUCAAAAACUCCCUAAACCCGCGAAUCGAAAGCGUUGUUUACGAAGAUUCGUGUUCGGAUCGAAAUCAUUACUAAACCUAAAAGCUAAAGCGGAAUCGAGGGGUGUCCCGAAUCCAAGCUGUGUCGAAGCGUUGACCGGGUUUAUUUGGAAACAUGGCAUGAUGGCUGCUGAUUGUCAAGGCUCAUCGACUUUGUCUCAUGUUGUGAACUUGAGAGGGAGAAUGAAGCCGGCAUUGCCUGAAGUGUCUGUGGGGAACAUUAUGUGGGGCGCGGUGGCUCAUUCUUCAGCGAUGGAGCGCAUGGAGCUGAGGGCGUUGGUGGGUUUGGUGAGAGAAUCAUUUGAAGAAAUCAACAAGGAUUAUAUUGAACGGAUGUUGAUUGGAUCAGAUAAAGGAUUUGAAGCUGUUUUGAAGUUUGUUGGUGAGAUGAACAAGUGGGGGAUGUCCAAUUAUUACUUUUGCACGAGCUGGAGGAACAUGAAGUUGAAUGAGGUUGAUUUUUGGUGGGGGCGACCGGCGUGGAUAGCCAUUGCUGGGGACACUAAUGAGCUGAUGGCUAAUGUUAUUGUCUUGGUGGAUAGUGUCAUGGGGGAUGGAAUUGAGGCUUGGAUUCUUUUAGAUGAACAAGAAAUGGAAAUCUUAGAACAAAAUCCUCAAUUUCUCGAGUUUGCGUUGUUGAAUCCGAGUAUACAUUUAUCGGAUGAAGAUUGAUGUGAUUGGAGAGAAGAACAUAACAUUACUUAUUAAGGUGUGGAAACCUCUCUCCAGU